AUGGAAUGGCAUGUCCAACCUCAAUCAUUUCUAGGGCUGUGGAUGACCCCUAUAGGUCCAAAAGUACUAGUGACAUGGGAUAAGCUACUAGAUCACAAAUCUUCAUGGGAGCUGGCCCACAAUCUUACAAACAAAUCUCCAAAAUUUCACCUAGAGGACCAAGCGAAUUUGAAGGAGGGAAGUAAUGAUAUGAUUUUACUACUAACCUCCAAAAGGCAUAAGAAAGAAGCACAUGUGCAGCACAUGAGUGGGACUAUAAGUACAACAAGAGAAGAUAGAAAUUAG